AUGAGUUCAUUAUUAUCGAGCUAUGAAGCAGAAUUCACAACUACACUCCAACAGGCAAAAACGCUGCUUUCCGUUGCACCUUCUCAACCCAUCAGCCAGAGAAAUGGUACUUUAAAGGAAGUUGAGCAACAACAUGAUGACCUACUGGUUUUGAUCGAGCAGAUUGAAAUUGAAAUCAAUAACGGAGCAUUGGGACUGCAGGAAAGGAGUUCAUUCAAAGCCAAGGUCCGCGAUUUCAAAAAACAGGUUCAAAAUGACGUAAAAGUGCCGUUGCAGCAGCUCUUCGACUCGCGCAAUAGGGACCGUCUAUUUGAAGGAGUUUCGGGUGGUGAUGACUUAAACGCAAACAGUGGACAGCGUCAGCAGCUCUUAUCUAACCACGCGGUACUCUCUCGUACGGGGGACAAGCUCCGAGACGCAACAAGGAUGGCUGUUGACACGGAGGGUGUGGGUUCUCAAAUUAUGAUGGAUCUACGAGCACAGAGAGAAACACUUGAAAAUGCGAGACAAACGUUGUUUCAAGCAGACUCAUACGUGGACAAAAGUAUACGGACGCUGAAAACUAUGAGCAGAAGGCUGGUCGCCAAUAAGUUCAUCAGUUAUGCAAUCAUUGCCGUCUUGAUCUUGUUGAUCAUGCUAGUGCUUUUUGCUAAGUUUAAGUAA